CAAUCUCCACCCUCCCUUCUCUCUCUCUCUAUAUCGUCCCCACCAGACUCAAACAAAGAAAGGAAGAGGCCAAAUACCCUCUUUUGCUCGUGUUUUUUCCUACAUACCACCCUGCGCCUAUUUUGGCAUGAACAUCGUCUCAUACAGUGAUUGUUAGGAGAUAUUUACCUUUUGUACGUGGGAAAAAAAUGGCUUCGCCGUCUGAACUAAGCCUGGAUUGCAAACCCCACAGCUAUUCUUUGCUUCUGAAAUCAUUUGGAGAUCAGGCAGAUCAUACCUACAAGCUUGAGGAGUUCCUUUCUCGGCUUGAGGAAGAACGUCUCAAGAUUGAUGCCUUCAAGCGCGAGCUUCCUCUCUGCAUGCAGCUUCUUACCAACGCUAUGGAGGCCUCAAGGCAGCAACUUCAAGCCUACAGAGCAGAUCAAGGCACGAGACCAGUGCUGGAAGAAUUCAUACCCAUCAAGCAGUCAAACUCAGAAAGCUCUGAGAAGGCAUCCAGCAUAUCAGACAAGGCAAAUUGGAUGACAUCUGCUCAAUUAUGGAGCCAAGCAAAUGAAGGAACCAAGCCCCAGUCCACAAUUACAUCCCCUAAAGAAGCUGAUAUUGGCUUCAGUGUAAGCCCCAAGCUCGCUCUUGACAACAAACAGAGGAAUGGUGGAGCCUUCCUGCCAUUCUCAAAAGAACGAAACUCAUGCCAAAGUGGCUCCACAUUACGGGUGAUCCCCGAGUUGGCCCUCGCCUCUGUUGAGAAAGAAAUGGAGGACAAGAAAUGCACAGAAACAGAAAAUGCAGUGUCAUGUCCCAAGAGGGAAAAUUCUGGUAAAGCCACAGGAGGCAACGGUACUGGAGUGAUCACCGAUCAAGGAAAAGGAACUCCAGUUGCGUCUGAUCCACAAACAACCAGCACCACCAACACCACUAAUCAAACUCAUAGGAAGGCAAGAAGAUGCUGGUCACCUGACCUGCACCGCCGAUUUGUAAAUGCUCUUCAGAUGCUAGGUGGAUCUCAAGUGGCCACCCCAAAGCAGAUAAGGGAGCUGAUGAAGGUUGACGGUUUGACCAAUGAUGAAGUUAAAAGCCAUCUCCAGAAAUACAGGCUUCAUACACGACGUCCCAGUCCAAGCCCACAAGCAGCCGGGUCACCCGCACCUCAGCUUGUAGUCCUAGGAGGAAUCUGGGUCCCGCCGGAAUACGCUUCUGCCGCCGCUCACACUGGCGCACCUGCCAUCUACAGCCCACACCCUACCUCCCACCCUCCUCCACCGCCGCACUACUGCACCACAACGCCAGUGCACCAAGAAUUCUACGCUGCCGCGGCGGCGCAGCAGCCAACUCCGCCGCACUACCACACGCUGCUCCAUCACCAUAUGCAGAUGUACAAAACGAAUUCGCACCAGGGCUCGCCGGAAUCGGAGAUGCGAGGAGGGGGAGAGAGGUCCGAGAGUAUAGAGGGCGGGAAGUCAGAGAGCAGCAGCUGGAAGGAAGAUAGCGGGGAGAACGAAGGGGAGAGGAAAGGGCUGGCGGCACUGAGGGAAGAAGGAGAAGAGGGUAGUCGGACCGAGACAACUCUGAAAUUCUAGGGUUUACGGGAUAUUCAGAAUUAGGGUUUUUUUUUCUCUGAAGAUGCAUGGCGACGAUGAAUGGUCAAGUAUUGUUAUCAGCAUUAUUAUUAUUCAUUCAACAUGCGAAGAAAAGGAAGCAAAUAUCCUUACGGCGUUACUUUAUUAUUACUAGGUACCUACAUAUGUGUACAUGUAUGGAUGUGAAGAGGGUAAAAAAGGCAUAAAAGUGAACGUUUGUUUUGUUUCAUUUUGUUUUGUAUGCAUUCAUGUGUUAUUUACUAGGAAAAAUUAUUAUUGGAUUCCAUC